AUGGAGAGUAGUAACAAGCAGGCUCCGGCUCUGGAACUUGAGAGCCACCAGCAAUCACCACCGAUGCCGAGCCCACUUAAAAAGGUAAUACUGGUGGCAUCUAUUGCGGCUGGUGUCCAAUUCGGGUGGGCCCUACAGCUCUCCCUCCUGACUCCAUACGUCCAGCUCCUCGGCAUCCCCCACACCUGGUCCUCCUUCAUCUGGCUUUGCGGCCCCAUCUCCGGCAUGAUUGUCCAGCCCGUCGUCGGCUACUACAGCGACCGAUGCACCUCCCGUUUCGGCCGCAGACGACCCUUCAUCGCCGCAGGAGUUGGCCUCGUCGCCAUCGCCGUCGUUCUCAUCGGCUACGCCGCCGACUUCGGCCACCUCUUCGGCGACUCCUACACUAAAUCCCCAAAAACGGGCGCCGUAGCCAUCUUCGUCAUUGGAUUCUGGAUCCUCGACUGCGCCAAUAACACUCUCCAAGGCCCCUGCCGUGCCUUUCUAGCCGACCUCAGCGCCGGCAGCCAAAGCAAAACCCGAAUGGCCAACUCCUUAUUUUCCUUUUUCAUGGCAGUCGGCAAUGUCCUAGGCUACUCCGCCGGGGCCUAUACUAACCUUCACCGCAUAUUCCCUUUCACACGAACCCAUGCAUGUGAUCUCUACUGUGCAAAUCUCAAAAGCUGUUUUUUUCUCUCCAUUAUAUUAUUACUAUUCCUAACAAUACUAGCUCUGUGUCUGGUACGUGAACCCUUACCGGAACCGGUAAAUGCCGUUGAAGUGAAGGAGGAGGGCGACGGGAAGGUCCGUCGGUUACCAUUUUUCGGGGAAAUAUUCGGUGCGGUGAAGGAGUUGCGUAGGCCAAUGUGGAUUCUACUGCUGGUGACGUGUCUUAAUUGGAUUGCUUGGUUUCCGUUCUUGUUGUUCGACACUGAUUGGAUGGGGAAGGAGGUGUACGGAGGGAAGGUUGGCCAGAAGAUUUACGAUCGUGGUGUGCGUGCGGGUGCAUUAGGGCUGAUGCUGAACGCGAUAGUGUUGGGGGUCACGUCCCUCUUGGUGGAGUUCUUGGCGCGUAAGCUUGGUGGCGCAAAGCGCUUGUGGGGUGGUGUCAACUUUUUGUUGGCCAUCGGCUUGGCGUUGACGGUGUUGGUCACCAAAUUGGCUGAGUCUUCGAGGCGUUACCCGCCCGGUGGUGGAAACGAACCUCUGUCGCCCCCUACCGGUAUUAAGAACGGUGCAUUAGGUAUAUUUGCGUUAUUGGGCAUUCCUCAAGCGAUAACUUUCAGCAUUCCCUUUGCUAUGGCGUCCAUAUUUUGUAACACUGCUGGAGCAGGACAAGGUCUUUCUCUUGGAGUUCUGAAUCUUGCAAUAGUUAUACCUCAAAUGUUCGUAUCAGUAGUUAGUGGACCGUGGGAUGCUAUCUUUGGUGGCGGUAACCUACCCGCAUUUGUCGCGGGAGCCGUUGCAGCGGCUGUGAGCGGCGUGUUGGCAUUGACCUUGCUCCCAUCUCCGACUCCAAAUGAAAAAAUGUCAAUAGUUGCUUCAUUUCAUUGAAGCAAAUAUCUUAUGUACGAGCUAAUUAACUCUUCUUUGUUUUUAUCUUCUCUUUUUUUUUUUUUAAAACUGUAUUGUUGGGGUUUUUCACUUUUUUGGAUUUCUAUUUGAGACCAGAAGAAUGGCCGACUUGGCUAUGUAACGGUAUUUGUUUAAUGUUGUGUUUUUAUAUUAUUAAUUAAUUGUAAUGUGAAAUAGCUUUUGUGCUUUUGCAUA